CUCAACCUUAUUUGCACCCGUACACUCUCUUGCUCUUGAGACAUGGAAUUAUGUGUUCCAAAAUCUGGAAAAACAGGGCUACAAUAAGGAUUUGGGCGAACGUGGAGAUUUCUUAGUCAACGCCGAAGAGGACGAAUUUCCCGAAGGUAACACCAGUCGAGGAAGUACCCUCAAACGAAGCAGCAACGACAAACUGAAAGCAAUGAAGGCUAAAUCUGCGGAUAAGGUAGAUGGUAUCCGGGUAGCAUCGACGAGACAGAGUCUGUUGAGUGCAACGAGACAUGAUCGGGAAAACGAGCGGAACGAAAUGGUUGCAAGGGCUGGACAAAAACCGUCUCUAGUACAAAAACUAUCGAAACCUAUUAGCAAUAAUCAGGCAGACAAUAACCAUAAGGCAAACCACACCAACAAUGGCAACAGCACUAACAAUAACGAGGCUUCCGGCAGUAGACGAAACUCCAUUACACGAAAAUAUUUGACAUCCACUAAGGAGACAGUUACUUCUACGACGAAUGCCACCAACAGCAGCAGCACAUCCACUGGUGGAGGAAUUCUAAUCAGCCACAACAGCUCAAACUAUCACGAUAUGCCCGCUGUUUCAAAUCGAAAGAAAACGGCCAGUUUCGAUACAGCUGCGGCCACUAUCAUCAAUCCACAAGACAACCGUGAUCGGAUCCGAAACUCGAGCAACGGGGGAACGAAAGUCAGCGAAUGGAAUUGUAAAUUUUGCACAUAUUUAAAUCCCGAUAGCGAACGCAUAUGUGAGAUGUGUGCAAAAAGUCGAGACUUCAACAGUAGUGGAGCAAAGGCAACGACAGCGGCGACUAGCAACGGGACUGCGACCUGUGUCUAACAGAACAAAAUUGUGAUCAGUUGUGAGUAAGAAUGGAUUGGAAGAGAAAUCGACAAUGUAAUAUGGUUAUCAUUUGAGAAAAAUAUAAUGAAUUGACCACACACUACAUUGGUCAUCCCUAACUAGUCAGAGAAUACAAUAUUUGGAACUUAUUAAACAUAUAUUGACAUUGUUAUACCUUACACUAUUUUUUAGAUUACACCAGGCAGAUGAGAAAGGCUAAUGUCUAACAUUUGUAGCAAUUUCUAAACUAUCUAAUGUAAGCCCAUGUUUCCCAGAGUAUGAAAAUUUUAAUAAAAAUAAAUUUUCUUUGUUUGCUGUUGACAGA